CAUUAAUAGUAGUCGUUAGCAUUCACAGCUUACUUCGAAGAUAUAACAGCCAGCCAGCCGCUGCCAUGCAUGCUAUUAUUUUUAUGUCUUCUUCUUCAUUACCACUUCCGUCAGCUGCUAACUCGCCGGCGACUCAAACACAGGCGACCGCCGGAACGGUGGAUCAUGUCUCAUCAGCAAGCCUCCCUCGCACAGUUUGGGGCAAUGGCUUCCUCGACCACAGAUUUGAUUAUGCGUCACUCCAGGCGAACCAUAAACAGCCAAAACACGAAGUUUUGAAGCAAGAGGUGAGGAAGAUGGUGAUAGAUUACGAUGUAAAAAGUGGAGACUCUGAGUCACAUAUUGCAGAUAAGCUACGACUGAUAGAUGCAGUACAACGGCUAGGCGUUGGAUAUCACUUCGAGAAGGAGAUCGGAGAAGUUCUUGAAAGAGUUGAUGAUUUAGGAGAUGACUUAUUUUCUAACAUUGGUGACAAAGGUUCCGAUCUCUACCAUGCAGCUCUCCGGUUUCGACUCCUGAGACAACAAGGGUUUCCUGUAUCGCCGGGUAAGUAUGUAUACAUAAUUACAAGUUAGUUAGAACAAUUUCUAUUAUAUACGAUUAAUUGUGGAUAAUCAUAUGUUAAUCUGCUAUGCACACAUGUAUGUGUAGAUGGGUUUAGAAAGUUGAAAGGAAGUGAAGGAAAGUUCAAAGAGUGGUUGGCGAAGGACGAGAAAGGAUUGUUGAGCUUGUACGAGGCAACACACAUGGCGUUCAAUGGGGAAGAUAUAUUGGAUGAACUCCAGAGUUUUGCUACAAAGACCCUUGAGUCAAUCUUCCCACACAAUAUAACCAACCCUUCAUUCCAAAAGCAGAUCGACUUUGCUCUUCGCGUUCCUGCUUGGAAAUGUGUCCCGAGGUCCCUUGCUAGACACUCCAUCGAUUUCUACUCUAUGGACUCUUUCCACCAUGAAAAACUCCUCGCCUUUGCAAAGUUGGACUUCAACAUAGUUCAAAAAUUUCAUCAGCAAGAGCUCUAUGAAGUCUCUAAGUGAGCUCUGUUAACCUAAUAUAUGCACACAUUGUUGUAAUAUUGUAUUAGUUACUCACUAAUCACCUCUCUUGGUUUGGUUUUGUUAUAUACACAUACAUAGUUGGUGGAGAAGUAUUGACGUGGCGACCAAAUUUCCCUAUGCAAGAGACAGGCUUAUGGAGAGUUAUUAUUGCGUCAAUUCUAUGUACUUUGAGCCCAAAUACCGGUCGGGAAGAAUUAUAGCCACCAAAAUCUUCUUAAUGUUGGCUAUAUUGGACGACACUUACGAUAACUUUGCUACAUAUGAAGAGGCGCAUGCCCUAACUGAAGCUAUUGAAAGGUUCUUGUUGCAUAAUCCACAUAUGUGUUAGAUUGGCUAUUUAGGAUGGAUGUUAGGGCUCUCCAAGAACUACCCGACAGGAUGAGAAAUGUAUAUAGUGUCAUCCUUAAUCUAUAUGAUGAAAUCGAGAAGGAAACUGGGAAAAUAGGACCCACUUUCGGUGUCCAAUAUGCAAAGGCAGAGCUCAAGAAAUUGUCCCAAGCCUACUUGGGUGAGGUUCGGUGGCGCAAUGAAGGUCGGGUUCCGACACUGAGAGAGUACAUUAUCAAUGGAGUUGCCUCUAGCGGUGUGUCCAAACUUUGCACAUCGUGUUUCGUUGGUAUGGGAGCAGAGAUAGCCACCAAGAAGGCUUUUGAAUGGGUAACUAAUGAGUCUAAAAUGAUGAAUGCUGGUUGUCUCAUUGCUAGGGUUCAAAAUGACAUUUUCUCUCACGAGCAGUUUGAACAAAAGAGGAACCAUGUGGCUUCAGCCGUGGAAUGUUGUAUGAAGGAGUAUCGAGUGUCGGAGAAAGAAGCUGUUGAAUUCCUGUGGAAAGAGAUUUCUAACGCGUGGAAAGAUAUUGUCGAAGAGUAUUGUCAGAAACCGACCUUGUUGCCAUCAACCGAUCUCACGGAUCGUCUCCUCAAUUUGACACGUCUAAUCAAUAUAUUCUACGACGAUGGUGAUUGCCUCAUCAAUUCCCACCUUUUGAAGGAUCAUCUCACCUCACUUUUCAUUGAUCCCGUGCCUCUUUGAAGAAAUCAUUGACAU